AUGAACCUCAUCCAGCAAUCUGGUCAGGUGGCACAACUCGUCGUAAGCCCAGCUUCUGCGACGGCGAGCGGUCCAACUCUUAGGUCGUCUGGGGGGUUAGGGUGGGGGGCUGGGUCUCGCGGGUUGGGGUGUGACGGUAGGGAGGGUAGGGGAGUUGGUCUGGCGGGUUUGGGGUGGUUGGGGGGGGGGCUGGGUCAGAGAAUGAAAGUGGGGAAGGGAGGGUGGGGUUGGUCUCGCAGGUUUGGGGUGGGGGAGAGGGGAGAAAGAAAAUUUGCAUGGGGAAGGGAGGAUAGGGAGAAAAUGAGAAGGAAGGGGGGAGAAAGUGAGGCGGGGAAGGAAUAA